AUGGACGUGACGCAGCUCAGCCCUACCAUCCCCCUCCGGAUUGUCACCUUCAACGUCCGCUACGCCACCACGAGCCCGGUCCGGGGAGAGAAGCCCUGGAAGGAGCGCGGCCCCCGGCUGCUCAACCAGCUCGGCUUCAUCACCGCCGGCCACGAAAACGCCUUCCUGUGCCUGCAGGAGGUGCUGCACGAGCAGCUCGAGGACAUCCAGGCCAGCCUCGGCCCGCGGUGGGCGUCCAUCGGCCGGGCCCGCGAGGACGGCCGGCAAAAGGGCGAGUACUCGCCCGUCUUCUACCGCUCCGACGUCUGGUAUCUCGAGCGCUCGCAGACGCGCUGGCUCAGCCCGACGCCCGAGAAGCCGUCGCGAGGCUGGGGCGCCAGCCACAACCGCGUCGUCACCAUGGGCGACUUCACCCACAAGGGCACCGGCACCCGCGUCGUCGUCAUGAGCACCCACUUUGACCACAAGAGCGCAAAGGCCCGCCAGCACAGCGCCCAGCAGCUCAUGCAGUACGCCCGCGAAUGGGGCGUCGACGACGACGACAACGAUGAUGGCAACGGCAACGGCAACGACGGCAGCAGCAACAGCAGUGGAAGCAACUCGGCCGUCCUCAUUGGCGGCGACUUCAACAGCACGCCCGAUGACGUGGCCUACCGCCUCAUGACGGCGCCCGGGUCGGGCAUGUCCGACCUGGCUGCCCUGUUGCCCGCCGACCAGCACAACGGCAACAGCCUGACGUACACGAGCUUUGGCGAGGCCAACGAGUGGCCGCAGCGCAUCGAUUUUCUGUUUAUCCAGGAGCCUCGCACCGCCGUCGUCAAGACGUUUAGCGUCCUGGAGAACAUCUUUGACGAUCAGGUUCGCCUGUCGGACCACAGAGCCGUCGUGUCUGAUCUGGAGAUUGCCGUGGACCCUUCGUCAUGA